AGUGCUUCCAUUUGCUCCUCCGAAGUCGCGACUCUCGAGUGCCCUCCCUUUGCUUUCCAACGAUGCUGUGGGUGGACAAGUACCGGCCAAGAACCCUAGACAAGAUCAUCGUCCACGAGGAGAUCGCCCAAAAUCUCAAGAAACUUGUUUCGGAGCAGGAUUGCCCUCAUCUUCUUUUCUAUGGACCCCCUGGAUCGGGCAAGAAAACCCUAAUUAUGGCUCUCCUCAAGCAAAUGUUUGGUCCAGGAGCUGAAAAGGUGAAGUUGGAGAACAAACCAUGGAAAAUUGAUGCUGGGAGCCGGACAAUUGAGCUUGAGUUGACAACUCUGUCAAGUACCCACCAUAUCGAGUUGAACCCAAGUGAUGCAGGUUUUCAGGAUAGGUACAUUGUUCAGGAGAUUAUUAAGGAUAUGGCAAAAAUUAGGCCCCUAGAUUCCAAAGGCAAAAAGGGGUUCAAAGUUUUGCUGCUGAAUCAAGUUGACAAGCUCUCGAGGGAAGCUCAGCAUUCUCUCAGGAGAACAAUGGAAAAGUAUAGUGCCUCAUGCCGAUUAAUAUUAUGUUGCAAUAGCUCUUCCAGAGUAACUGAGGCUAUAAGAUCCCGUUGUCUGAAUGUGCGAGUCAAUGCACCCACUCAUGAACAGAUUGUUAAAGUUUUGGAAUUCAUAGCAAAGAAAGAAAGUCUGCAACUGCCUCCUGGAUUUGCAGCUCGUAUAGCAUCUCAAUCUAACAGGAAUUUGAGAAGGGCAAUACUAUCUUUUGAGACCUGCCGGGUGCAACAGUAUCCCUUUACUGCUAACCAGGCAAUUUCACCACUUGACUGGGAGCAGUAUGUCUCUGAAAUAGCAUCGGAUAUAAUGAAGGAACAAAGCCCUAAAAGGUUAUUCUUAGUUCGAGGGAAAUUAUAUGAGCUACUUGUUAAUUGUAUUCCGCCAGAAAUCAUUCUGAAGAAGCUGCUGUCAGAAUUGCUGAAAAAGUUGGACUUCGAAUUAAAACAUGAAGUUUGCCAUUGGGCUGCAUAUUAUGAGCACAAAAUGCGCAUGGGACAGAAGGCCAUCUUCCAUAUCGAAGCUUUUGUGGCCAAAUUUAUGAGCAUAUACAAGAGUUUCCUCAUUGCUACAUUUGGCUAAACAAACUCCGAGAGCUUCUUUGCAUGUUCAGUACGGUUUUUGCUAGAACUGGAAACUAAAAUCACUUGCUGAUGUUGAUCUUUGCCUGCUUAAGUUCUUGGACAAGUUCUUUAUCUGAGUUAUAAAUUGACCUCCAAAGCCAUGGAAUGCUUUUGUUUGGUGGGGGAACACCUUUCAAAUUCCAUGGGUCAACUUUUGUUAAUAUUUGGGCAUUGAAAUUUGAAACGGGCUUAAUUCCUUUUUUUUAAAUUCGUAUCAGUAAUAUGCCCUGUCGUUUAUUUCCGCACUCCAUGACAACUGUGGUUGUUCCUAAAAAAUUUGAUCUCAAGUGGUGAUGCAUUACUACUAUCAAUUUUUCUAUUUCAUCUGAA